AGCAUCCUCUGCGCCCGGACGUUGUUGCUCAGACUCUCCAAGGAGGCUGCGAUGGAGACAGGAUGAAACUGACGGGGUGUUUUUCGGAGGAAAGUGCCUCUGGGGUGUCGUUACCCGGCGGCUCUCCGGGUCGUGCCAUUACCAGAAGCGUCUAUUUGAGGAAAAAGCAGGAGUGUAUCACCAUUCUGUCGAUGCCUGAGGAUUAUGGACCGUUACAAUAACGACCGGCGGUGUAACGGUUAGGAUGACUGCCUGUGUACUCUUUCUUCUUCUUCGUGUCCUUCUCUCUCUCUACUCCAGCUGAGACAUUUUCAACGCGGUCGUGCUGGACGUUUUCUCCCAAAAUGUUGAAUUUAGCGCUCUCUCGACGUGAAGGAUAUUCGUGGCACGUCUUUUUUCGCUGUUGGACAUGAAGGUGUGAGGCAAAGAAACCUGUGGACAGCCGCCUUUUUUUGUCAGACAGUAUGAUACAAUAUUUUGACAUAAGGGUUAUUUUUUUGUGUUACGCUCUAUUGCGCAUGCCUGGUGGUAGAUAUAGAACACUGCCCGACGCCACUUCGCUCCGUCCUGGCUGUUAUGUAGGAGCAAAAGUGAAGGGAGCGGAGGACUAAAAUGAAAAUGCGUUGGCAAAGUGGCAGCGUGGCGACCAAAGGAUUUGACUUUAGAUCCUUCGCGAAAUAGAUUGUGCCAUAAACUGAAGAAUGUCAGGGGCACCUAAUGCAGAGGCUGAAGGAGUAGUCUCCAAAGUGAAAGUGAAAAAGGAGAUCAAGACAAUCGUGGAGAAUUUGGAAACCAUCCUGGGAGACCUCAAGGAUGUAGCCAAAGAGCUCAAAGAGGUUGUUCAUGACAUUGACACCCUGACCUGUGACCUGCAACUGGAGGAGGACGGACUGACAGACAGCUCUAAGACGGACACACUCAACUCCAGCUCGAGUUCCACCACCACCACUACCACCGCUUCCAGCCUGGAGAAGAUGAAGCUCUUCCCUGAUGACUGCAUCUUCAAACCGCCUGCGCUCAUCGACCCGGUCCCCGUCAACCCUCUUGCAGUCCUGACUGUACUCAAAAAACCCCACCCACCCCUGCCGCCACCCAGACUUACCCCGUUGAGAGCCGAGGAUCACAACAUUAAGAAUCUGCCUCAUCCAACAUUAGUGUUAUCAGGGAAUAUAUCCAAGGCUACCGGGCCUCUAAUGAGGAAUGGCGGGGUUUUUACAUUGAAACCAAACAGGGAUUUAUUCUCCUCAACUCCGUGUUUCAUUGCUAAUGACAGCGGAAUCCCUGAGUCGGGUCUUGUUCCUACAUUACCCAGGCCCAUGCCUCUUCUCCGCCAUGAAAAGAACAAAUGCCCCAAGGCCCCUGGAAGGGAAUCUCGUGAGAGGGAGCGUGUUCGUUUCAGUGAGAAGGUCCAGUACCACGGCUACUGCCCGGACUGUGACCUUCAAUAUGAUGUAGACGACACAGAACUACACAUACAGGCUGAGCUGAACGACCUUAGGCUCAGCCCAGUGCAUUGCUGCUCUUCUGCCUCCCCUCCUCCCCCUCAUGCUCUUCCUCAUGAACUAAUGUUGGAAAACGGCGGCCUCUCGGUCAGCCACAGUUUCCCGCCGACAGGAAACACACCUCCACCUUGUGUGCCUCCUCACCCGCCUUCCCUAAAGCCCCAGAAAACAAUCCUACGCAAAUCGACCACGACCACGGUUUGACACCGGAACCCCCCUGUUCUAUCUAACUUAAACGUUCUUGAAUCAUUCAUAGUGUUUUCUACUUUAUGAGCGCAUUCUACUCCAACUGAACUUUGGAUUAUCCAAACAGAGAGAGGAGACAGUUGGGGAAAGGAUGGAUAAAGUGAGUGAAACAGAGAGAAAGGCAUCGCCAUGGGCGCUGAGACGAACACAGAGAGAUCAGGAAGAAGCGGGCCCACUGAGAUACUUGAGGCACAAGUGGAAGAGAUGCCUACACUAAUCGACCCUGGAUGAUCAGGGCGGGAGGAACCAGAGCGGAGGCCGAGCAUCAACCUUUUUUUUUUUUUUUUUUUUUUACAUAAAUCAAUAA